UCUGAAGUCUUCCAUUAUCAUCUACUCCCCUUCUCUUUCUUCUUCUGCAAAAUCUAGGGUUUUGCCAUUAUUUUCUCCGUCGAUCCUCUGUUGUAAUCCAAGUUCAUCAUCCCAUCCGGCCUCAACAACUCUCUUAUCAUGGAGGGGAUUGAAGAGACCAAUCAGUCCGACGGCCAUUUGACCUCUGCUGCAGCUUUUGUGGAAGGUGGCAUUCAGGAAGCCUGUGAUGAUGCUUGCAGCAUAUGUCUUGAAGUGUUCAGUGAAAGUGAUCCUUCUUCGGUGACCAGCUGCAAGCAUGAAUUUCAUCUUCAAUGCAUUCUGGAAUGGUGCCAGAGGAGCUCUCAAUGCCCAAUGUGCUGGCAACCUAUCAGCCUGAAAGACCCAUCCAGCCAGGAGUUGCUUGAGGCCGUUGAAAGGGAGAGGAAUUUCAGGUUCAAUCCAACAAGAAAUGCAACCAUAUUUCAUCAUCCUACUCUGGGGGAUUUUGAAUUACAGCAUCUUCCAAUGGGUGCAAAUGAUCAUGAACUUGAGGAGCGUAUAAUCCAGCACUUGGCUGCUGCUGCUGCAAUGGGUCGAGCACGUCAUUUUGCUAGGAGGGAAAACCAAAGGAAUAGGUCAUCAGCUCAAGGACGUCCUCAGUUCUUAAUAUUUUCAGCUCAGUCUAAUGCACCUUCUACUGGUCCUGGAUCUUCUUCUCCAACUCAGGGAGGUGAUCGACCAGCCCCUGCGAUCAUAAUAGGUACUCCAUCUCCCCCUCCAACAACUGUGGGAGAAGAAUCUACUGAGCCAAUGACUCAAAUGCCUUCUGCCCAAGCUGAUCAGAUAUCUGCUUCAGCAUCUGGCUCAAGUACUCUUUCAGCCAACCACCAUCUACAUUCAUUGAACAAUAGGAGGUCUCCAAAUCAGCCGUCUCCAAAUCGGUCAUCUCCAAAUGGUCAAGAUAGAGCAGGACCAUCAGAAUUCCAGUCGUUUUCAGAAUCUCUCAAAUCCAGAUUAAAUGCUGUUUCGAUGAGAUACAAAGAGUCAAUUUCAAAGAGUACAAGGGGGUGGAAGGAAAGAUUUUUCUCACGCAAUAGUUCAAUGGCAGAACUUGGUUCUGAGGUAAAGAGAGAGGUUAACGCUGGAAUUGCAACGGUGUCACGCAUGAUGGAGCGUCUAGAGACCAGGGAUAACACAACCACCACCCCUGUGUCAAACAAUUCAGCGGGUAGUUCUGCUUCAGAUUCAAAUAACAGGAGAAUGUCAGAUGCUAGGGGAGGCAAUACUGUCACUGGCACCAAUGUCCAAGCUUCAUGUGCUGCAAGUUCCAGUUCAGAUUAAGAUUUAUUUCAUCGACUGCAUCUUACAUAAAUCAUUUUAUCUUCAAAGAUGUGGAAAUGGAAGCAGAUGGAUGAAAUUGAUGAAGAAUAAAGAAAGCUAGAAACAGGAGGCCUCCUCCACUUGGAUAUAUGAAUGAGUAGAUGAUUGUAUAUCAGUUUAAUUUAUAUAUAUAUAUAUAUAUAUAUAAAUGUUCUUUCUUUUUUUGGAGCCCUAUUUUGUAGGUGCUGCAAUAUUUAAGAUCUUUAUGCACACGUUCAAACAAAUUCUAAUAGGCUCUUUCAUGAGGAUAAUACUAAUAAUUUUUAGCACGUUUACGUAUUGGGUAUUUCGACUUUAACCUCACAUUACAUGAACUUCUUUGAAGACUUUAAAUGCAUGUACCAGUAGAUUGUAGCUUGUUCAUGAACUCUGCCCAGGUAAUCUUGUGCGUUAUCAUCACAUG